AUGACAGAACAAUCCCAAUCAAAAAGGUUUCUUUUGUCGAGUAGCAAAUAUCUUUAGCUCAUUAUUCAGUUGACAUCUGUUGAGUUGACAAGUGCGGAUCAAGAAAAAUAAAAAAGUCAAUAUGAGCAAUAUUUCGGCAGAAGUAUUAGAAAAGGCAAAAACUGAAAUUCGUGAGGAUGAAAUAAGAAAGCAGCAAUCAUUGGAGCAACUUAGAGACUUUAUUUCUAAGCAUGCAUUCAUUAAGACAUGCAGAACUGAGGACUCAUUUCUUCUUCCAUUUUUACGUGCCCGAAAAUAUAAUAUGGAUCGAGUUUGCGACACUUUUGAAAAGGCAUUAAUUUUUGUUCGUACUCAUGAUGAAUGGUUUGAUUGGUCGGAAGAUAAAUUCAAUAGAACUAUGGAGCUCUACGACACAGGAUUCAUCAAAGUUAUGAAAAAUAGAGAUUCCGAAGGUCGACGUGUUGUCAUCGCAAACAAUAAACUUGAUAUGGAGAAAUACAAUGCUGAUGAUGUUUUUCGUCUUCAUUGCCUUGUAUUUUUAGUACUUGCUAAUGAAGAGGAAACUCAAAUUUGCGGUAUAGUUUAUAUCGAUGAUUUUAGUGAAGGAAUAACAAUGAAGUAUCUUUCUAUGUAUCCACUAAAAUCAAUGUAUGAUUUCACAAUCCAAUUAAAAGUCACACCUGUACGAUUGAAGAACAUUUGUUUGGUAGGAUUACCAUCAUUUGCGACACAAUUCCUAAACAUCGUAAAACUUGGACUUUCGGAAGUUAUGAAUCAAAGAUUACAUGUUGUCGAUAAUGCAUCUGAAAUUGGCAAUUUUGUCGAUCAAUCAGUAAUGACGAAGGAUUAUGGUGGUGAUUUUGAUGGUGAUGAGUGCUUGAAAGAAUUUAGAAAGAUUAUUGAAGCAAAUAUUGACACUAUAAGAACAUUCUUAGACUUUGAGCUUGACAUGACAAAAGCAGAGAUUUUGAAAGAUUAUCAUGAGAAUAUCGGAAGCUUUAGGAAGCUUGAAAUUGAUUAAAUAAUUUUUUCAGUUCAUUGACUUUUUUUAUGAUUUUAUUUGAUCGGGU